UGCCAAAAAAAACAGCAUAUACUUACCUUAAAUGAAAUAUUCAUUAAAUUAAUUUGAUUAGCAAAGUUUUAGAUAGCGAGGGCAUCCAAGUGACAAGACUAAGACUUGAUAUCGAUUAACAAAUGAUUUAAAUAAUUUAGAGUCACGCAACCUAUUAACCAAAACUGGCAAAAGCAUGUGAAAGUCCACAGAAGGAUUAAGCGUAUGUUUUUUUCCUUAAGCGUUUGGCAAUCAUUGUUGGAUGUCUUUGAAAAGUGUAAGCCCUACAGGAAACAAAUGUUAGGAAAAACCGUGUAAGGUUGCUGAUUGGUGUUUGAAGUCUUUCUUGAACUAUAAGAAAAUUCAGUAAUGAGUGUUAAAAGAUGUCAAAUGAAGGAUGAAAAAGACCUGAUCUAUUAUAUUGUUUGAACAACUAACAACGUGUCUAUUUAGAGGUCAUUUCUUCUGUGGACAGCCAUUUUUCCAGGCUUACAAGAUAAAUGGAAAGGGAUUCAGAUCAAGUAUCACAAAAUGUUUUUUGUGGAUCUGGCUGUGGUUUCUAUGGCAGUCCUUCCUCUGAUGGUCUGUGUUCACAGUGUCACAAAGAACAGCUGAGAAGAAAACAAUCUACUUCUAGUUCUACUGUUUCUGGUCACAUUAAUUCCUUGUCAACUGGAACUACUACAGAAGACAUUGUAGCAGCUGCCAUAUCAACAACAGAAAGCACAAUAAGCACUGUUUCUCCGAAAGUUACCUCUCUGGAUCUUGAUAAAAUUUUAUCUGAGCCUCAGUCUUCUGGUAUCCAUGGCACAGAAUCUGAAGGAACUUCUGUUUCCAGUGAUAGUUUUGUCUCGGGCACAGCCCAAACAAAGGAAUCAACCCCAAAAGAUAAGAAGAAGAAAAACAGAUGUCAAAUGUGUCGCAAAAGGGUUGGGCUUACAGGGUUCGAAUGUCGAUGUGGUGGUCUGUUCUGUAGCAUACAUAGAUAUGUAAAUGAACAUAACUGUUCGUUUGAUUAUAAACAACAGGGUGCACAGGAAAUUCAAAAAAACAAUCCUCUUGUAGUAGGGGACAAAGUACAAAAAAUAUGACCUCUUAUUAAGCUGUAGCAUGAACAGCGUGUAGAAAAAGCAGGUUGAGAAAAUUAUUUUCAAAUGAAUAUUUUUUGAAAAUAUUGUUCAACUUUAUCUGCUUUGCUCUGGACACCAAGAAAUCUUCAUUUUCUUCAAGAAGACAAGUUUUGUUGAGGUUUUGCUUUUAGUCAAAGGUCUGCAGAUACAGUACAUCUGCUUUAAUGAUUUCCAUGAAAGAAAGAAAUUAAGGCAUUUUUGUUUUAGAGAUAUUUUCUAUAUGUAUAUUUCAGUCAGUUAGGCCUUAAAUGUUUACAUGCAGUGUGCUUGAUAUUAACUAAUUAGUCAAAGUGAUAGUUUUAAAUUAGUUUUGAAUGCGUUAAAUUUAGUUGGAGAAAUAAAUUUGGAAUGUGCAGAAUGGCACACAAUUCUUACAUUGUAGAAUGUUAACUUUUAUUUUAUAUUGUCAUCAUCAUUGGAAAUACAAUAAACUAUUUAACAGUU